AUGGAGCCCGAAGAGCUCCAGGCCGAGCCACGCUGGUCCAGCAUUCGCUACGCGCCACACCCUCUUCCUUCGCAGUGGAAGCGCGCGACAGAUGAGCGGCUGAUGCUGCUGGUAACGCAGUCGACGGCCAGCGGCGAAAGGUUUCCGGUGGGUGUCAACUGGCUCGAGGUCUCUCGCGUCGUGCGACGCUCUCCUGUGGACUGUGUAAAGCGCUACGCCGUUUUGCAUGAGGCGCAAGAGCGGUAUGAGGAACAAGAAGGAGAGGCACAAGGGCUGGAAGGAAAAACGAACGCAACAGCUGAUGGUGGAGCGCUAGAGGGAGAGGUGGAAGGCGCUUUCUUGGACAGCGGGGACGAGUUUUUCGAGGAACAGUCGCUGAGCGACUUUGCUACGCCCGUGGCCUCGCCUAAGCUCGAUUCGCUGGGUGCAUCGAAGGGCUUUAUGAUGAGCAGGCCCAUAUCUCCAGUGUCCUCGCCACCGUUUGCAGUCACUCGACCGGAUGUAAGUAGACAAACAGAACCCGCUGUUCCGGGAAGGGACCCGUUCCGAUGGGAAAGUUUAGCGAAUGACCCGAACUACAACGCCCCAAUGCUCCAUUCUCCACUGAGCUCGCGUCACACCGAAACGCUGCCAAGCCGUUCUGGAUCAGUGGAUCACGAAGCAAAAGGCUUGUCGUGUGCCUCGUCACCACGAUUGUCGUCACGAGGGCUCAUGUCGCCGUCCUGUACGCAGGGCCAUGUCAGCGACGUGAGAGGCGGUCCGAACUAUACAGCCUCUGUUCUCACACAUGCGUUUAAGGGGCUCGCUAUGAGCGCACAGCCUUCAAGUGUAACUCUUACCAGUUCUCCUCGCUUAAGCGAUACGAUCUCUAACUCAGAGCACCCGUUCUUCAAAGACGAAGGAGAGAAUACGUUCGUCCGCCACUCUGCGACGACCAGUGUGAGUAGAUUUGGAAUAGGAUCCAGAGUUGCGGCAUCACCAUCAAACGACGUAAACGAGAUGGGUGUUGGUGCCGGACACCUGCAUCGCCGGGUGAACCCGCACCUGGUGCAAAUGUCAGCUACGUCCGAGGACAACCUAUUCUCCGGGUCAGUGACACAGUCAGCCCUGGAAGAUGCCUUUUUGGAUAUGGCCGGCUCGCGUUUGGACGCUUCGAAUGUGCUAUUGGGCAGCCGUAUGUCGACACCACUCGGUAGUCAUGUACACCUGCCUUCUGGACAGCUCCAGGCGAGAAGUACUGACUGUGCGCCAAGGCAGAGCGACGGUAAAGUGGGCAAUAGCGGUUAA